AUGUUGUUACGAAAUCGCUGUGUCCGUAUGACCAUUCAGGCGGUCACUGCCCCGGCAUUUGAAGUCCAUCAGGAACAAGCAAUGCAUACAUCAAUGUUUCGUCACCUCCGAUCAUGUGCUCGGGUGCAUUUAGACCGAAUUCUGUUUCAGCCUUGUCCAGGGCUUCUGAAGAUUCGAGAAAGCAGCAACUUGAACCGAAAUGCCAAAAAUAAUCAAUCUCGAAGCUCCGAUAAGGAACUGCCGGUUUCUAGAAAUUCAUGA